AUGCCGUUGACAUUCUGCCCCAACUGCAGCAAUGCGCUGACAAUAUCACGCGCCGAUGCGACGCCAAAAUACCCCAUAGGAGUCAACCGGUUCGAAUGCCGUACCUGCCCCUACCAAUAUGUCCUCGAGCAGUCCUGGUUUGAAAAGACGCCCAUGAAGCAAAAAGAGGUUGAGGCAGUAUUUGGAGGCAAGGCCGAAUUUGAGAAUGCGGAUAGGAUGGCCACACAAUGCCCCGCGGAAGGCUGCGAUGGCGACCGUGCGUACUUCUUCCAACUGCAGAUUCGAAGUGCAGACGAACCGAUGACUACAUUUUUGAAGUGUACUGCCUGUGGUGCUCGGUGGAGAGAAAACUGA